GGCUAGCAGCAAGCCAGAGUGUAAAGUGUGUUUCAAUAAUUAUGAUGAAGAUCUACGACGGCCACGAUCACUGCCGUGUGGCCACACAUUCUGCUCACAGUGUAUUGAAGAUACAAUAAAGAAUGUUAAACUCAUCUGCCCUAGCUGCCGUGCUGAGCACAGUGCUAUAACUGCUACUUGAUUCCCCGUCAACUUUGGUAUGGAAGAUGUCAUAAAGAAUCUCAAAGAUAUCCAAGUCACACCAGUGGGAGCAGUGCCUGCUAAACCUGGUCAAAACCGCACAAGAGGCAUCAGCAAGAAGCUAUGGUGUUUGGUACAGGAACACAAGAGCAGUAUCAGUAGCCUUAUAAGUGAGUGCGAAGAAGCACUGUCCCAGCUGGGCAAGUACCAGGGGCAGGUGAGGGACUGGAAGACCCAGCACCACCAGCUGCACAGCAGACUCUGUGAUCUACUGCAGCAGAACAAGGCAGCAAUAGAGCUCCUGGAACAAGAGGAUACCAGUGUGGUGAAUAUGACAACAGAAGGAGAGGCAGGAAAGAAGCAGCUGCAGACCAUGCUGGAGUGCCUCAACACAGUCAACACUGUACAGGAGGUCGUCACAACCAUUGAUGAAGCUGAUCACUGCAACUUGGAGGUUGAAGAUUGGAUCCAGAAGUGUCAGGAACUUUUCCCAGAUGUCAACACUGUCUACACCUCAGUGAAGGGUGAAGCUGCAAGCGCUGACAGUUUAGCUGCAGAAAAUUAUCCACGUGAGCUAGCCGAGAUAAUAGAAUAUGGUGGAUAUACCAAGCAACAUAUUUUUAAUGUGGAUGAGACUGCAUUAUUUUGGAAGAAGAUGCCAUCUAGGACAUUUAAUGCUAAGGAAGAGAAGUCAAUGCCUGGCUUCAAAGCUGCAAAAGACAGGCUAACAUUCUUGCUAGGAGCUAAUGCAGCUGGUGACUGUGAUAAUGGUUGUAACUGUCCACAGGUUGAUCAUCUUCGUGGGAUGAGUGAGAGUGUCAAGAGGCUGGUGAAGGCUGGCCUGGUGUUGGGUGUCCAGCAAGACCAAGAUGACCUCCGCUACUCCAGGAUAACUUUACAAGAUGGCCAACUGUAUCUCCACGUUCUCCAGCACCAACCACCACCCACCCACGCCCACACUCUCCAGGUGAGCAAGGUGUUGGAGGCACUGGAUCACUCGUCCAUUCUGGUAUUUCUUGACCUGGCCGGGCCUGGAUUACUGGCCGCCGGGUCUGGAUCAACCAGACGUCGACUCCACAUCCAGCUGUGUGGCAACACUACACUCGCCAGACAGUUUGUGUUGUUGUGUACUGGACAACACUCAGGCUCCUCCUACCUCAACACUAAACUGUUCCAGGUGUGGAACAAGGGUCAGCCAGGGGAGUGUGUGUGUGGUGGAGACUACCAGUAUAAUAAUGGUGAGGGAGGAGCAGCACUGUUGUCUCACCAGGAGGAUGACCAGUACCAGGAGUCAAGCAGUGCUGGUGCUGUGGGGUCACCAUUAUGGUGGUGGCUGGAGAAUGACAAGAGUGCCCAGUUCUACAUCACCACCAGGGACCGCAUAGAUGGUGACCAGUGGUCUGAUGUCUUUGGUAAAGUGGUGAAGGGUUUGGAUGUGGUGAGAGCAGCAGUCAACCACAGUGACAUCAUGAAGGUGACUGUGGUGGACUGUGGUGUUGUGUUGACACUGUAGUUCACUGUACCAUCACUACUGUGUCACCAUCACUACUGUGGUGUUGUGUUGACACUAGUUCACUGUACCAUCACUACUGUGGUGUUGUUAAACACUAGUUCACUGUACCAUCACUACUGUGGUGUUGUUAAACACUUUAGUUCGCUGUACCAUCACUAUUGUGUCACCAUUACAUUGUAAUAAUGGUCGUGCAAGAAACCUGCAAGUAUCCCAUAGCUCAGUUGGUAGCACACUCACGUCAUCCACUGAGGUCAGUGGUUUGAUCGGGGAAAACAUUAGGGCAUGUUUCCUUAAGAUAUAAGAACAUAAGAAAGAAGGACCACUGCAACAGGCCUACUGACCCUUGUGAAGCAGGUCCAUGUCCCUUCCCCUCAGAUUAGACCAAUGGCCCACCCAGUCUGGUCAUCUCCACUCAAGGAUGGAGCACUGUACCAGACCCAGCAGCACAAGCUAGUCAGGUCCAACUCACACCCACCCACACCCACUCAUGUAUUUAUCUAACCCAUUUUUAAAACUACACAACGUUUUAGCCUCAAUAACUGUACUCGGGAGUUUGUUCCACUCAUCCACAACUCUAUUGCCAAACCAGUGCUUUCCGAUAUCCUUCCUGAAUCUGAAUUUUUCCAACUUGAAACCAUUGCUGCGAAUCCUGUCUUGGCUGGAAAUUUUCAGCAUGCUAUUUACAUCCCCUUUAUUUAUUCCUGUUUUCCAUUUAUACACCUCGAUCAUAUCCCCCCUAAUCCUACGCCUUUCGAGAGAGUGCAGAUUCAGAGCCCUCAGUCUAUCCUCAUAGGGAAGAUUUCUGAUACAUGGGAUCAUCUUUGUCAUCCUCCUCUGUACGUUUUCCAGAGCAUUUAUAUCCAUUCUGUAAUACGGUGACCAGAACUGAGCAGCAUAGUCUAAAUGAGGCCUAACCAAGGAUAUAUAGAGUUGAAGAACAACUUGAGGACUUCUAUUAUUUAUACUUCUAGAUAUGAAGCCAAGAAUUCUGUUAGCUUUAUUGCGAACACUAAUGCACUGCUGUCUUGGUUUUAGAUUACUGCUAACCAGAACUCCUAAAUCUUUUUUUGCAAUCAGUUGAUAUUGGCUGUCACUGUUCACCUAGCAGUAAGUAGGUACCUGGGUGUUAGUUGACUGGUGUGAGUUGCAUCCUGUGGACAAACUUAGCCACCUAAGUUGCUUGGAAUGCUCUGCAUAACCAAUGUCUGUCAAUACAGUAUGUCACUGAUGUCAGCUAUGGUCUGUAUAAUUUGUAUCAUGUAUUUGUUGAAAAUAUUAUUAUUAGCUUGUAAAGUACCUUGUAAAUGCAAAGAAUUUUUGAAGUGACAUGAGGCCUGGCACAAUAACAGCCAAUAUACUCGACCUUAUUUUCAUAUAGUCAGACUUGAGUCCUGGAAAUGGGAAGUACAAUGCCUGCACUUUAAAGGAGGGGUUUGGGAUAUUGGCAGUUUGGAGGGAUAUGUUGUGUAUCUUUAUACGUAUAUGCUUCUAAACUGUUGUAUUCUGAGCACCUCUGCAAAAGCAGUGAUAAUGUGUGAGUGUGGUGAAAGUGUUGAAUGAUGAUGAAUGUAUUUUCUUUUUGGGGUUUUUCUUUCUUUUUUGGGUCACCCUGCCUCGGUGGGAGACGGCCGACUUGUUGAAAAAAAAAAAAAAUUAUGCACUCACUGUAUUGAGCACAAUAACCGCACUAAACUUAUUUAUUUUUUUUAUUAACACAUCGGCCAAUUCCCACCAAGGCAGGGUGGCCCAAAAAAGAAAAACUUUCAUCAUUAGUCACUCCAUCACUGUCUUGCCAGAAGGGUGCUUUACACAGCAGUUUAUUAAACUGCAACAUUAACACUCUCCUUCAGUGUGCAGACACUGUACUUCCCAUCUCCAGGACUCAAGCCCGGCCUGCCGGUUUCCCUGAAUCCCUUCAUAAAUGUUACUUUGCUCACACUCGAACAGCACAUCAAGUAUUAAAAACCAUUUGUCUCCAUUCACUCCUAUCAAAUACGCUCACGCAUGCUUGCUGGAAGUCCAAGCCCCUCGCACACAAAACCUCCUUUACCUCCUCCCUCCAACCUUUCCUAGUCCGACCCCUACCCCGCCUUCCCUCCACUACAGAUUUAUACACUCGAAGUCAUUCUGUUUCGUUCCAUUCUCUCUACAUGUCCGAACCACCUCAACAACCCUUCCUCAGCCCUCUGGACAACAGUUUUGGCAGUCCUGCACCUCCUCCUAGCUUCCAAACUACAAAUUCUCUGCAUUAUAUUCACACCACACAUUGCCCUCAGACUUGACAUCUCCACUGCCUCCAGCCUUCUCCUCACUGCAACAUUCAUCACCCAUGCUUCACACCCAUUUAAGAGCAUUGGUUUCCCCUCUUUGCUUCCAGGGACAAAAUUCUUUGUCUCCACAGACUCCUACAUGCACCGCUCACCCUUUUCCCCCUCAUCAGUUCUAUGAUUCAUCCACUGACAUGUCCACUCCCAAAUACCUGAAUACAUUCACCUCCUCCAUACUCUUUCCCUCCAAUCUGAUAUCCAAUCAUUCAUCACCUAAUCUUUUUGUUUUCGUCAUAACCUUACUCUUUCCUAUAUUCACUUUUAAUUUUCUUCUCUUACAUACCCUACCAAAUUCAUCCACCAACCUCUGCAACUUCUCUUCAGAAUCUCCCAAGAGCACAGUGUCAUCAGCAAAAAGUAACUGUGACAACUCCCACUUUAUGUUUGAUUCCUUAUCAUUUAACUCCAUGCCUCUUGCCAAGUCCCUUGCAUUCACUUCUCUUACAACCCCGUCUAUAAACAUAUUGAACAACCAUGGUGACAUCACACAUCCUUGUUUAAGGCCUACUUUUACUGGGAAAUGUUCUCCCGCUUUCCUGCAUACUCUAACUUGUGCCUCACUACUAUCCUCGUAAAAACUCUUCACUGCUUUCAGUAACCUACCUCCUAUACCAUACACCUGUAGCAUCUGCCACAUUGCCUCCCUAUCCACCCUGUCAUACGCCUUUUCCAAAUCCAUAAGUGCCACAAAAACCUCCUUAGCCUUAUCUAAAUAAAGUUCGCUUAUAUGUUUCACUGUAAACACUUGGUCUACACACCCCCUACCUUUCCUAAAGCCUCCUUGUUCAUCUGCUAUCCUACUCUCCAUCUUACUCUUAAGUCUUUCAAUAAUAACUCUACCAUACACUUUACCAGGUACACUCAGCAGACUUAUCCCCCUAUAAUUUUUGCACUCUUUUUUGUGCCGUUUGCCUUUAUACAAAGGAACUAUGCAUGCUCUCUGCCAAUCCCUAGCCCUUUGACUGUUUCGGUCGUAUAUAUACGUCUUACGAGCCACCGUGUUUGGCGUAUUAAUACGCAUAAAUUCUAGAGGCUUCAAAUCAAGCAGGAGAAAGCUGGUAGGUCCACUUGUGAGAGAAUGGGUCUCCAUGGUCAGUGUGCACCAUAUAAAAAAAAAUCGGGGAGCCAGUGGUGCAUUGUGGAUAUGCCAUUUCGGUAGUCCUUGUUCAGUAUGCCUAGCGAUAAGAAAUAUGUGACUCCCCGGCAAAUCUGGGACUCUUCUCUUCCCAAGUGAUGCUCUAACACAGAUUGAAGUGUCAGUGAAGAUCAAUUUCAUGGUUUUGAGAUGUUUGUGACCAAAAGCAAUGCCCAUGAUACCAGAAGAAUGAAGGAGAAUGAGAGAGAAUGAGAGAGAGAAUGAGGGAGAAUGAUAAUUAGAAAGUAGGAUGGAGGGGAAGCGAACAUCCGACCCCAUUGUUUUGACAGGUAGGUUGAGUGAGUAAUGAGACAAUAUGUCAUUUAGACAGCUGCCAACCCUGACUCAGAACAAUUAGAAGUCCACACACACACACACAACACAAUCUUGAAGAUAAUAGCAGUUAUAUGAAAGUAUCCGGUGACUAUAUAUGUGUAUAUAUAUUAUAGAAAAAGGAAGGAAGGAAGAGAGGAUGGCCAGAAGGAAGGAAGGACAAGAAGAAAGGAAGGAAAAAAGCAAGGAAGGAAGGAAUGUAGAAAGGAAGGUAGGAAAGGAAUGCAAGAAGGUAGGAAGGAAGGAAUGAUGACACAUGACCAUUUACUUAGGAUAACUACCCAACACAACUGCCUACUAAUACUUUGAAGAAAAUUUUUCAGACAAGGUGUUUUGUCUUUGCACAUAAAAAAAAUUGCCCACAAAAAUGCAGACAUACUCGUUUUAUGUGUGAGGAGUGUAAAACACCUUUGUGUAUGAAACCAUGUUUCAGAGAGUUCCACAAGCUGCAGAACUUCUAGGUACAUGUCCAGUGACUGUACAUUUGUAUAUAUAUUAUAAAACAAUAGUAAUAACAAAUUUUUUAUACUUGUGUAAACAAGUUUUGUAAACAAUAUAUUGAUAAUUAUGUUUGUGUGCUUAUUGUGUUGUAUACAACAAGUGUAUAUAUGUACACUGCACCUUACUUUGGACUCACAGGUCACAUAAGUUACCUGAAAAAAUAAAAUAGUUAAAAAAGCAAGAAACCUUGGAAUGUAAGUAAACCAAAGUUAACCGGGUGAGCAGCAUUUGCCGCUGUUGCCAUACACGGCUCAUUUUCUACCAACUUUACGCCUCUAUAUCUUGAUAAGUACUAAUCACAAAAAAGUUUUUUUUGGGGGGCUUAAAACAGUCAGAAAAUUAAUCUUAGCAUUUUCAUAAGUUUUUUUUUUUUUUUUUUUUUUUUUGAAAAUUCUUCGACACCAGGAGACACUUCAGGAUUUGGGGUUGUGACAGUCCAAGGGCUAGGUACCUUACCCUCUUCCAUACAUUUAUUAAAUAAUAGCACCAACCACUCCAAAACUAUAUCCCCACCUGCUUUUAACAUUUCUAUCUUUAUCCCUUCAAUCCCGGCUGCCUUACCCCCUUUCAUUUUACCUACUGCCUCAUGAACUUCCCCCACACUCACAACUGGCUCUUCCUCACUCCUACAAGAUGUUAUUCCUCCUUGCCCUAUACACAAAAUCACAGCUUCCCUAUCUUCAUCAACAUUUAACAAUUCCUCAAAAUAUUCCCUCCAUCUUCCCAAUACCUCUAACUCUCCAUUUAAUAACUCUCCUCUCCUAUUUUUAACUGACAAAUCCAUUUGUUCCCUAGGCUUCCACAACUUGUUAAUCUCACUCCAAAACUUUUUCUUAUUUUCAACAAAAUUUGUUGAUAACAUUUCACUCACUCUCUCAUUAUUAUUAUAAUAUUGUUUACCAGUAUUAUUUACUACAAUAAAUAUGCACAAAUGUUGUAUAUUACUAAUGUUCUAUUAUAUAUUUACAUAUACACAAUCAGUGGACAUGUUUCUAGAACUGCUGCAGUCUGUAGAAGUCCUUGAAACAAGGUAUCAUGCACAGCAGUAUGUUACAUUCCUUGCACAUAAACCGAGUGUGUUUGCAUCUUUGUUCCCAUCGUUUUGUUUGUGCACAAACAGCACAUCUCUUCUAAGCCCAUUUCUUCUUAGUUGCAGGAAGCUGUAUUGGGAAGUGAUCAACUUCCCUCCUCAAAUGCUUGGGUAUUUCCUGAGGAGUUCAAGGACGGUUUUGUAUAGCAGGUGUUGUUACCUGGUACAUCAUUAUUAGUUGUCUGACGACAGAUAAAUAAAAUUCACCAUACAGUGGCCUGUUGCUGGUCUUUAUUUGGUACAUAUUAUAUAUAUUGAGCAUUGAAAUGUCCAUGAGAUGGAAGAAAAGUUUCAUGUACCACUUGUAACUUUUACGAACACAAUCGACAAAGCCAAUCUGCAUGUCACAUUUGCCAACCAAACGCAUGUUUUGUAUACAAUCAGUUGCUGUUACUGGUUUUAGAAUACGUUCAUUAGUCAGCCUAUCAACUUUGCCACUGUCUUUCAUUUCAUGUGAGUGAAUGCUUGUCAACAAUGUGACAUCUCGUUUGUCAUGAUGUCAUUGGCAGCAAAUACCUGCACCUCACCACCACGAUUGCCUGCUUUGAACCUGGGCAUGUGUUUAUGAUUAGAGUGCACUGUGCCACACACAUUUGUCAUGCUCACUUGCAAGAAAUCACUGAGUAAAGGGCUUGUGUACCAGUUAUUAGUAUACAAUAUAUGCCCCAUACCAAGAUAAGGUGCCAUCAUGUUUCUCACUACGUCACCUGAGAUACCCAAUAACAUCCUGGUAUCUUUCAAUGUUGUACUUCCUGUGUAUACAAUAAUAUCCAAUACCAGGCCACUCUCACAGUCACAGAGUAUAAACAGUUUUAUACCAGAGCAUUUCCUCUUGGUAUAUACUGCUUGAACGACAGUCUACCUUUGAAAUUAAGACACAUGUGCAACAUCUGGGUAUCUUUAUUGUAGACGUUUCGCCAUCCAGUGGCUCUAUCAAUACAAAU